UCAAAUUGAAAUACAAUUCGCCGGCAAUUACAGGGCGUUUGUUAUUAUCUCAAAAGGUAUACGUGAUUUCAUUCACCCUCUCCAUUUACAGAUUGCUUAACAAUGAGCGACAUAAUUGAUUCUCCUGUCGCUGAGUCAGUAAAGAGCGGAGGAGGUAGCGAUGCGUCACGAAUAGCAGAAGUUCAGGCGUGGUUGGCAUCACAAUUUGAAGCGGCUGGGAAAGAAGUUCCUGAUUUUGAAUACACGCCUCGAAGCGUCACUCAUUUGUACAAUUUAGCCACUCUUUCGCAAGCCAAGACCCAAGCUGCCAACAUUAUCGCCGCUGAUUUUCGCCAAAAGGCCACCGAGUACAGCUCACAAGCUGCAAGGAUUAGAGAGAUUUUGGAAAAUGUGGGACUGGCUGAAGAGAGUUUGCCAUCUAAUGUUGUUUCUUCGGUUCAAGUUCUUGCUAGUGUAGCUAAUUUGUUGAAUAUAAGAGACACUGAACUUAGCAGUUUUCUUGUAGCAAUGGGUGACAUUUCGUUGAGAAAAACUGCUGUAGAGGAGAAGAAGGCUAAACUACUGAAGGAGUCUAAAUUUCUUCUUGACUACACCCGCAAGGCAAUUGCAAGGUUAACCUAUUUGAAGAGAACACUUGCACAACUAGAAGAGGAUGUAGCUCCUUGUGAAGCUCAAAUGGAAAAUUGGAAGAUGAACUUGGCAGUAAUGGCAUCCAAGGAGCGACAGUACCUGCUGCAGUAUAACAACUACAAGGCAUUACUCAAUCGUCUGGGCUACACCCCUGAGAUUAACCAUGGGGUGUUGGUUGAAAUGGCUGAGCACAGAAAAGAGUUAGAGAAGAAGACAAAACCCAUCCUGGAUACUCUAAGGAGCUACCAAGACUUGCCGCCGGAUAAAGCUUUGGCUGCUUUAGCAAUUGAGGACAAAAAGAGACAGUAUGCUGCUGCUGAGAAAUAUCUUGAAGAUAUUCUACAGUCUGCCCUUGCCACUAACGAUUGACUGGCGCCCAUUGAUCUUUUACAUCACACCCGAUUGCAAGGUUUAACUUGUAAUUAGUUUUUAUACCUUGGAUUUCUUGUUUGCAAAAUCUCCCACUUUGAUUUCCGUGUCUUUGUGCUUGAAAAUCAAAUUAAGUUGAUUUAGCUUGCCGUCUUUGUUUUGUUAGGUUCAUAGAGUGGAUUACAUUUAGUCAUUUAAUCAGUAUUUGGUUUAUGUAAUUAAUUGUAAUUUGAUGGAAAUAGUAUUUAUUUUCUUUAUUGUAUUUGUUUAUAGUUAACAGAUAAUGAGAAUUUAUUAUCUGGAUAA